AGGUUAGGCUUAGGGGGUCCCUAGUUGUUGCUCCAAGUUGAUGUGCCAUAUGGUAGAUCGGUUGCCUUCCAGCUUGUAGUAGGAGGGUAGCGUUACUGAAUGAAUGAAUGAAUGUUUUAAUACUAUCCGGUUUGGUCGUUUCUAGAACUGGCAGUUUAUGAUUAUGAUUUGUUUACUUCACAUUGUUUCCGCCGAUUGGUCAAAUUGAUAUUUUCGCUACGUGCUUUAAAAUCCAAUCUUGUUUGCAUGAAGAAUUUAUGACAGCAAGAAAAGUGGCAUUAAGCAUUAUAAGUUUCAUCCAGGGAGAGAAAUGGUCAUGUCGCAGGUUUCUGGUACGAGUGCUGCGCCAACGAUGGAGAUGCCAUUGCCUGCUGAAGAGGGCGUAAGAAUAGACACUGCCGAUGCCGUUGCGGCUGAUGGUGGUGAAGGUGUGGUUCCCGACAGAGAUAUUGGCGUGGCUGAGAAUGUCGUUUGCAAUCUUUUAGGCGUCGUGCCGCACGAACCCGUAAUCUCACCGCAAGGUUACAUUUUCGAGAAAAGGGCGAUAGAGACCUAUCUUGACAGCACAGGUAUACUGAGUGGUAAAUUCUUCAAGCUAUCAUCCAUCAUCCACCUACAAUCUGUUUUUAAGAGCAUGUUUCACACAAUGAUGGCACUAAUGUCGCUUCGUCAGGAUUUGCACUCUCAGCCGGUUUUGCGACGAUCCACCGGUCAACUUUUCUCUUUCACCACGACAAUUUGCAAAUGUUAGGUAAGUUCUGUCCGGUGACGCGAGAGGCGCUCACUGCCGAGCAGCUGCUGAAGGUAGCCACCCUUCCGAGCCAAAUCCCACUUGCGCCGCAGCCGCACUCGAUUCCGAACUUGAUUCAGUUGCUGAGGAACGACAUGGACACGCUGUUGCUAGAGAACUUUAUGGUCAAGAGUGAAAACAAGUCGUUGAAGCAGGAGCUGAGCACCACGCUGUACACGGACGACGCGGCCACGCGGCUCCUGGUGAAGGCGCAGCGCGAGCACGAUGCUUUGCGAGAGCGAGCGCAGCAGCUGCUAGAGGCGAACAGCAAGCUCCAAUCAGAGCUUGCCAGUGGUGUAGGCCUCAGCACCAACCCGUUCGUGGCAGAAACACCAAGCUUCCCAGACGUGGCCUUUUGUGAAGAAAUGAAGCAACUGGAAGAGCACUUUCGAGCAGAGCGAAAGGAGAAAAAGAAGAAGAAGGAAAAAGAGGAGAAGGAGGACUUCUCAGUCUUCGAGCCCACAGUGUGUGCGCCAUUGCACUCAACCACCGAGAAAGGAAUCCGUUGUCUGGCUUUGCAUCCGGAAAACGAAACCAUGGUGGUCACCGGCGGCGUGGACGGCACUGUGGUCGUGUUCGAUAUAGAAAAACGGCAGCUAGUCGACCAAUUCAAGAUCAACGUCAAAGUACUAGAGGACUUUUGCUUUUUUUCCCUUGCUUAACUCAGACUGAUGCUGCAUGAUUUGAAUUAGUAGUUACAGCCAAAUUCAUGAAUUUACAGUAAAAUUCAUCUCUUUCUUUAUUAUGUAUUCUCGUUUCCUUUCUUGACAGAAUCCUCGCGCAAUAUCUGCUGUUGCCUGCUAUGGGGACUACAUCGUCGCGGGUGCGGAAGAUGGCAGCGUGGGCGUGUUUCAGACGGGCCGACCAGGAGAGUGGCAGCGUGGCUACGUGAAGUUGCAUGCUUUACGAUACCACAAAAAGGCCGUAACAGGCGCAACAUUUCACCCAGUUUCCAGUGAGAACAUUUAUUUCCUCACAUCUUCGCGCGAUAAGUCGUAUGCGGUAGUAAAUGCUGGCACCGGAGAUCUCGUGUGUCACAAGAAGGAAGAAAGUGCGGGUGUAACAAGUUCGAGCUACCACCCAGGUGGCGGUAUGGUAGCUUUGGGCCGCGCAGAUGGGUCACUUGAGAUUCAGGCACUGCACGAUUCUGACCGGCCAGGGCCAAUCGUUUUUGAGCGGCCUUCUGAAGAGGCUAAUGCAGGAGCAGAGCAACUGAAGAAGCCAGAUCCAGAGCUGGCGAUCUCGUCGGUGAGAUUCAAUAGCAACUGUACAAAUAUGGCGAGCGCAACGGUUGGAGGACUCGUGAAGCUGUGGGAUUUGCGGCGUCCAGCGGAGGCGCUCCAGACGCUAGAGUUUCCACGUUGCGAGGACAUCUUCUUCGACCGAAGUGGCAAGUACCUGCUGAUCUGCGCAGAGGCGGUGCACCUCUACGCGCAGCAAUCGAAGGACGCUGGAUUCACACUAGUGAAAACGCUAGCAGAACACAGGGACACGGUCACCGCGGCAGCCUUCGGUAAAGCCUGUAUUGCUUCAGUCAGCAUGGAUAGAGACCUCAGGAUCUACGAGCGUCCGGAGUACUAGAAGCGGAGAGCGAGAUUGGUGACCGACUCAUUGUUUUCCAUAUGUAAGUUAGAUUCACAAGGUCCCUCACGCGACAGCCCCUUUUCGAUUAAAUAGUUUUACGUAGAUUCAAAAGCGGUUGCGCUGAUGUGCUCCUUUUCCAGUUUCUAUAGACGCAACACAGCGGAGGGGUUGUACACUAUUCUACGCAGGAUUUCCACUAUGGAGUUUUCCUGGAAUGCAAGUCAACCACACAACAUGACUUCUUUUUCAUUUUAUCGAAGCACUUCUAUUUCGCCAUUACCCCCGGCACCCGAGACCCUCAAAAGAUGUGAGUCAUAUGUAUACAUUCGCAGCACGCGGAUCAAGGACACUGUUUAUAGAUUCAUUCUUCGUGCCGUAUGAUUUGCGCAAGAGGGCUAUCCAGUACAUAGCUAUUCCUUUUUCCAAAAUCGCGAAGCUGUGUGAACCAAGGGCUACACUUGGUUGUAUCGUCGACUCCGCUGACGAUGGGGAAC